UGUCAGUCAGUCAGUCAGUCAGUCAGUCGGUCUUUCAGUCUUUCAGUCAGUCAGUAAGUGACGGACAUCAGAACCGGAGCGGCACCAGAUCAUGCGCGAGCUCACGGCGUCCUGACAGCUGCACGCGGCUCGGUUCCGGUGUCAGCGGACGCGAUGGACGGCGGCGAGAGAAAGGAUGUGAAGCUCUCAGCUGAAGUGAAGCCGUUUGUUCCUCAGAAGAAAGGUGUUGAUGGUUCAUUAUUACCCAUGAGUCUGUGCAGUGAGGGCGGAGCUGAGCCCACACAAAUCCCCUCCUACCUGAUCACCUGCUACCCGUUCGUACAGGAGAAUCAGAAUAACAGUCGGCAGCUGCCCGUGUACAGCGGAGAUCAACGCUGGCAGCAGAUGAACCCGAGCCCAGGUGGGCCGUACCUGGCGUACCCGAUCCUGUCCUCCCCUCAGCCCACCGUCAGCAGCGAUUACAGCACAUACUAUCACGCCAUCAUGCCCACACCCUGUCCUCCUGUGAUGGGCUUCUAUCAGCCGUUCCCCGGGCUGUAUGCAGGGCCGCUGCAGGCCGGUGUGUUGAACCCUGUGUCAGAGUGCAGUGAGAGAGUCACCCCGCAGGGUCAGACACAGAGAGGGAGGGGCAUCUCACGAGCUCCCAUCAUGCACAAGCAGCCGAUGAGUCAGCCGAUGAGAGUCAAGCGUCCUGUGAUGCGGAGCGUGGCGAUACAGAAGGAAGUAGGAGCGGCCGGGCCUGAUGGGAGAUGCAAGACUGUGUUGCUGGUGGAUGCCGCUCAACAGACAGAUUUCCCAGGUGAGGCGUGCGGCAGCAGAUCAGAUCAGGUGAGUGCUCUGCAGUGGAAGAAUAAAAGCAGACGCAGGCGAACGUCACAGCAGGAGUCAUCCAGCGAGCAUGGAGCCAGCGAGGCCGACAUCGACAGUGACAGCGGCUACUGCAGCCCCAAACACAACCAGGGAGGUGUUAACCCUUCAGCCAAUCAAAACGCAGCUCCAGCGGCUGUGGACGCGAGCGUCAUGACAGCGGUUAGCUGGGGGAAUGUCGGAUCACACAACACACAGAAAGCGUGGACAGAGAGAAAUGUGUCCUAUCAGAGAGGCAACAGAACUCCUGAGCAGAGGAGCUACACACAGGAGAAUCAGACGGCUUUCAGUGGUCGUGCAGGAGGGCAACGGAGAUCAACACUGAACACUCCUGACACAAACCUCACACCUGAACCGCUCUACUUUCAGGAUGAAGAGGAGUUUCCUGAUCUGGCCACAGGUGGCGCUGCUCAACGUAAUAAACCAGAACCAGCACAGCCCAAACUGUCCAAGAACCUGCUGGACAACCUUCCAGAGAAUUCACCCAUCAGCAUUGUGCAGACGCCCAUUCCCAUUACCAGCUCUGUACCCAAAAGAGCCAAGAGUCAGAGGAAGAAAGCUCUCGCCGCCGCUCUGGCCACAGCCCAGGAGUAUUCUGAGAUCAGCAUGGAGCAGAAGAAACUACAGGAGGCUCUGUCUAAAGCAGCAGUAAAGAAGAGCAGGGCUCCAGUACAGUUGGAUCUGGGUGAUAUGUUGGCAGCACUAGAGAAACAACAACAGGCGAUGAGAGCACGACAACUGAACAACACCAAACCACUGACAUACACAGUUGGGACAGUGGGAGGUCUUUACAGUAAAGACAGCAGUACAUCAUCAUCAACUGUCAAACACACAUACACCCCCCCACACAACAUCCUGGACUCUACCGCCCCGCGCGUCAGGAGAGGAAAAGAACGAGAGAUUCCCAAACUCAAGAAGACCACCGCCAUGAAGAAGAUAAUUCUACAAGAGCGUGAGGUGAAGAAAGGGAAGAACCCUGCUGAUCAAGGUGUGACUGGAGCUGAAGAUCACAGAGACAGUGACACCCUCACACAGGAGCCAGAUGAGAACGGUUUGAGCGUGCCCAGUGAUGCGUCUUUGUCUCCAGCGAGUCAGAAUUCUCCAUACAGCAUCACACCGGUGUCUCAGGGCUCACCGGGCAGCUCGGGCAUCGGCAGCCCCAUGGCUACAUCUGCCAUCACCAAGAUACACAGCCGCAGAUUCAGAGAGUACUGUAAUCAGGUGUUGAGUAAAGAGAUCGAUGAGAGCGUGACACUGCUCCUGCAGGAGUUGGUUCGAUUUCAGGAGCGUGUCUAUCAGAAGGAGCCCACCAAAGCCAAAGCCAAGCGGAGGCUCGUGAUGGGACUGAGAGAGGUCACCAAACACAUGAAACUACAAAAGAUCAAGUGUGUCAUCAUCUCACCCAACUGUGAGAAGAUCCAGGCCAAAGGUGGUCUGGAUGAGGCGCUUUAUAACGUGAUCGCCAUGGCGAGGGAACAAGAAAUCCCAUUUGUGUUUGCUCUGGGACGUAAAGCUCUUGGCCGCUGUGUGAACAAACUCGUUCCUGUGAGCGUCGUGGGAAUAUUUAACUUCUCUGGAGCAGAGGGUCUGUUUAAUAAGCUGGUGUCUCUGACGGAGGAGGCGAGGAGAGCGUAUAAAGACAUGGUGAACGCUCUUGAGCAGGAGCAGGCCGAGGAGGCCCUGAAGAACGUCAAGAAGGUCACACAUCACAUGGGUCACUCCAGGAACCCGUCUGCCGCCAGCGCCAUCUCCUUCUGCAGCGUCAUCUCUGAGCCCAUCUCAGAGGUCAAUGAGAAAGAAUACGAGACUAACUGGAGGACUAUGGUGGAGAACACGGAUGCCCCUGAACCCCUGGAGUCUGAGCCCAGCAGCAGAGGGCACAGUAAAGAGCCCGAGGUCACGUCACCCGCGCCGCAGCCGGGACCCACUCUCACCCCAGCGCCCUCUCGUGCCCCAGAGAGAGAAGAGUCCCGCACGGACGACCGUUUGGAGUGGGCGUCGCAACGGAGCACGGACACGGGUUCACUGGACGGCAGCUGUCGUGACCUGCUCAACUCUUCCAUCACCAGCACCACCAGUACACUGGUGCCCGGCAUGCUGGAGGAGGAAGAGGAGGAGGACGAAGAGGAAGAGGAUUACCCCCCCGAGCCCCUCUCUGUGCAGGUGCCGCCGCUCAGCUGUAGGAUCGAGUCUUGGGUCUCUAAAACGCUGGAGAAUCUGCAGCUGCACAGACAGAGCGACGACAGCACGGAUGAUGAGGAUGAGGAGGGACGGCUGAGUGACAAAGAGCUCGACUCGUCUGAUCUUACAGAACCAGCAGCCAACGACAAAGAUGUGCUCGAACCCACGGGCUGAUGGACACAACACACAACUCUCUCUCUCUCUCAGUUUAUUAAGGAGUUUCAGACCAACACAAACAUUGGCUCAGGAAAAUUAAAUGGACAAACCAAUCAAACUCUCUCUCUCUCUCUCUCUGUGUUUUUGUGUCUACACAACUUUAAAGGGACAGUUUACCACACAGUGAAAAUUCUGUCGCCAUUCACACACACAAACACAUUUUGUUCAAACUCGUGUGACCUCCAUUCUUCAGUGGAAGACAGAAUGAGACGUUGAGCAGAAUCUCCACACUGCUUAUAUAAACAUCUGUUUCUGUCUUAAAGAAUGAAGGUCACCCCCCCGACAGAGUCUUCAUUUGGACCCUUAAACUGAUGAAGGAAACAAAUUCAUUCCGACACACACACACACACACCAUACACACACAGGGAAGUGGAGUCAAUUCUCUCUGUCUUUUGUCUGUGUUUGUUUGCUUUUAUCAGUUGUCAAGAAUCCAUUUAAACCAACACAAACAUUCUGCAGAGAAAACAUUAGACGAUAAGACAUAACCCCGCUGUAAAUAACAUGUAGAAAUAUUUCUAAUAUUCAGUCUUACUGGCUUCUAUUUAUCGUGCUUGAAUUAAAAUGGAUUUUGAGUUUCAUUCUCCUGUGAUUAUAUUUCUGUGGAGUAUUCUGGUCAGAAGAGUCUGAUAAACACAUCUGAGCACAUCACUGAUAUCUGAAGAUGAUGAAUCUUAUGAGAAUGUUUUCUGCUGAUAAUGUGUGUGUGUGUGAGUUCUCUUUACUCUCAUGUAUUCUGGUCUUCUUCAUCUGUAGCAUUAACACGGCUCAGAGUGUCUUUCAUCAUAUUAAACUCUACAUGAAGGAUUUCUGUCAUUAUAAUGUUUAUAUUUGCAUUUGUUUGUUAUAAUUCAAAUGAAUGUGAGUGAUCUUUCUGUUAUAAUGACUAAUCUGAGGGAAAUGUCCAGUGUAAAGCAUCAGUCGUGAGUGUUUUGCUCAUGUAAACAAUGUAAAUGUUAAAGAUCUCGGUGCAAUAAGCUUCUGUAGCAGAACUCCAGCACCGUCAGCUUCAGCUCGGUGUGGUGCUAAUGGACCCUCUCUCCCUCUCCCUCUCCCUCUCCCUCUCCCUCUCCCUCUCCCUCUCUCUCUCUCUCUCUCUCUCUCUCUCUCUCUCUCUCUCUCUCCCUCUCCCUCUCUCUCUCUCUCUCUCUCUCUCUCUCUCUCUCUCUCUCUCCCUCUCUCUCUCUCUCUCUCUCUCUCUCUCUCUCUCUCUCUCCCUCUCUCUCUCUCUCUCUCCCUCUCUCUCUCUCUCUCUCUCUCUCUCCCUCUCCCUCUCUCUCUCUCUCUCUCUCUCUCUCUCUCUCUCUCUCUCUCUCACACACACUCCGUGUGUUUAGAGUGAUUUUCAUUGUUGUGUCUUUUGCACUAUGUACAUAAUGGUGAACAUGUUUGGGUAACUGAUAAAGUAGCACGAGUCAUGUAUUCUAGUGAAGCGUGUGUCCAUGUGUACCUGCAGUAACUUCUGACUGAUCAUUAAUACAAUUAAACUGUUUUCAGUACCGUCUGUUUGAAGGUGAAGUGUGUCUCAUUUGUUUUAGAUGGUACUGUAUAUAUAAAGUCAACAUGACACUGCAUUUAAGAUGAACGUGAGUGUGAUUGACACAGAAUGAAGCUUAAAGAACACAAACCUCAUGUACAACAUGUACAUUUUAGAUUUUGGAUGUGUAGUUUUUGUUAAAUAUUAUGUUAUUGAUUGUAGAGUGUUUCAGUGAUGU